UCCCACUUGCCCUAUAAUCUCCCCUCCUUCCGCCUUCAAUAUCCGGUGCUUUGCUUCCUCUUCCACCCACUCCUACCGCACCACACCACACCGCUUCUAUCAUGCCAGCAACAGACGACAACACCUCCAACCCAGGUACCUCCCAGGACGCUGCUAGCCGGAAACGGACCCAUCCUGAGGACUUCAAACGUGCAUACAAGGCUUGCAUCAAUUGUCGCCAAAGGAAAGCAAAAUGUAUCCUAAGUCCUGGUCCCGAGGGAGACGAAUUGAAACCCCCAUGCCAAAGAUGCCGAAGAGAGAUGCGCGAGUGCGUCUUUCGCUCCGAGCGUUCAUGGGUAAAGAGACGCAAGCCUGGUCACCCUGCCAAUGAAAACGGUAGUAACGAAGACAACUCGACCACAACAGUGGACGGUACUGGAUCAGGUCCUGCUCCACCUCAAUACACUACUUCGCCUUCUGUGCCUACUAUCAAUCGAGCCUCAUCAGAUCAUAAGCCAUCUACCUCCAGUGUCCCUGGCUUAACCCCUGUAGACACUCCUCGUAGCCAGGACUCCAUGUUGUCUCCCUCAUCGCAUUUGCGACGAAUCUCAACAUCGCAGCCUGUGGAUCUAGCCAAUUCAGUCAUGAGGACGGUUGUCUCCAGCGGCACAGAUGCCCUCAACCUACUCUUUGAGGCUGCUCACCAUCGAGACGCCCAGGAGAGUCGCGAUCAGACGGCUCAUGCCUCUCGUUCAUAUGAGACCCCCAAUUCAGGGACAUCGUAUCCUCAUGCUGAAUCAUCCCCAUUCACAUUCAAGGCACAGCCCGUGCAAAUGUCACAACCAUCGCCAGAGACCCUGAAAAUCUGGACGACGUGUCGUUAUGUACAGAUGGGUUGGUUCUCAGCUCAUGAGGCCAUCACUUACGUUGAUCUCUUCUUCAAAAACUGCUGUCCCCUAUCACCAAUUCUCUCCGACUUCUAUUCUCAUCAUUCAAACCAUUACUCACUCAUUGCUCUGGAUCCUUUCCUAUGUGUUACCAUUUUGAUGGUUUCAUCACGCUACAAUAUCCUCCCUGGAGUGGGAGGUGCGUCCCGUGGUUACUUUGUACAUGACAGACUUUGGGAGCAGUGCCAACGAUUCAUCAUGAAGAUCAUGCUCGGCCAGGUCAAAACCUCCAAAGCACAGACUCGGACUAUUGGCUCGAUCGAGGCGCUUCUACUGCUUUCAGAAUGGCACCCACGUGCCUUACACUUUCCUACUGCUAGUGACGGAUGGGACUGCGAACUGAUGGUUGGCGUCAACAAUCACACAAACGAAGGGUUGAAGCUACUCGAAGGAGAUACAUCGUCUAACAGGUGGCUUGAAGAUGUAAUUGAGCCUGCUAAAAGAUCAGAUCGAAUGUCUUGGAUGCUGAUGGGCUGUGCACUUUCUUUGGCACAAGAGUUGGGUCUCUUUGAAGAUAACAGUAACAUCGAGAAGGACCAGAUCUCGUACCCCAAGUUCUCCCAUGAGUACCUACACCUGCGGCGCAUCAGGGCUCGAAAAUUGCUUUUCGUCUUUAUCGAACAGCUCUCGUGGCGUUUGGGUUGUACAUCUAUGAUACCUCAAAGCCUCAACCAUGCACUCAUGGAGAAGAUCCCUGUUGAUUCGACCACUGGGGCAGUAGAGCAAUGGCAGUCGUUCAUGAGUGCGUGGGUCGAACUGACUCGGCUUUCGCGCUCUGUUUCCGAUACUGUUUACCCAUCGGCUGCCUUUACGCGUAAUUUGUUGCGAACGGGGAGGUACAUAGGACUUCUUGAGCACUUCCAACCACUGUUGACAGCAUGGCGCCGGAAGUAUCUAGACCCCUGCAAGCUCGAUAGCGGCCUCCAUGACAUGCUCAUGAUCGAGUACCAUUACGUCCGAAUCUACACAAACUCUCUCGGCAUGCAGGCCGUUGUUGAACGCACACUAGCAGAAUCCGAUCCCGACGGCCCGCAAGAAGAUAUACUGUCAAUGACCAUUGAGCCGAGAGAUUAUGAGUUCAUCCAGGAGGUUGUCGAUGGAAGUCGACAGAUACUUCAAAAGACAACGCAGCUAGCCGAGUCUGGAGCAUUGCGAUACUCGCCAGUUCGCAUAUUCCUCCGCAUCACAACAUCUUCGAUCUAUCUCAUCAAAGGCCUGAGUCUUGGUGUUCGUAAUGCGAAGCUACAAUCCUCUUUGGAUAUUCUCGACAAUGCAAUCAAUGCAUUGCGUCAGAGUGUGUUCGAUGAUAUGCAUAUUGCCUCUCGCUAUUCAACUCUGCUAGAACUACACGUGAAACGUCUUCGCGAAAGUUUUGUAGUCUCCUCUCGUCCACCAAGGCUGCCAUCGGGAGCAGAUUCAAUGGACAAAGGUGCGACCAGGUGCAUGGACUUCCUCAAUAGCCACAAUGCUGGCGGAUCAGGCAUUGCAGCCCUUGCUGAAGAUGUCACUGGUCUUAUGCCGGAGGAUGACUGGCUCGCACUCCCAUUCGAUCCCUCCAUGGCACCGUUCGGUCUCGACAGUCAACAAAAUUUCCAAGGUUUUGAUGACGGCACCCUUGAUUUUAUAUGGAAUCUGGGAAUGUAAAAGUACGAUUGCGUAAUAAUUUCCGAGCACUCAUACUGUACUUUACUUCUUCGAGAAUGGUUCAUGGCUAGAGUCGGGCUCUUCGCGUGACCGUCUGGCCACUUGCUGUGUCAUGCCUCCACGUUUACAACUUAGACAAAAGUCACCA